ACCUGACUCUGAUGCUGCUGUCAAGAAACCCCCCGAACUAUGUAUGCUUCAAUGGCAAGCCACAAUGAGAAUUAAGAUUCUAUAAUACGACACAAAAGGUUGUAUUCGUCUCGUAACGAUCACGUUUAAAUAGGCAGCUGCCAGCAUAAUGACUGAGUUUUGGUUGAUCUCUGCUCCUGGAGAAAAGACCUGCCAGCAAACAUGGGAUAAAAUGAUGACGGCCACCACACGCAACAACAACCUCUCGAGCAACCACAAGUUCAGCAUCCCCGACUUGAAGGUGGGGACGCUAGAUGUCUUAGUUGGGCUGUCUGACGAAUUAGCCAAAUUAGAUUCCUUUGUUGAAAGUGUAGUGAAGAAGGUGGCCCAGUACAUGGCUGAUGUGUUGGAAGACAGUCGAGACAAAGUGCAGGAGAACCUGCUGGCCAAUGGAGUUGAUCUCAUCACCUACAUCACGCGGUUUCAAUGGGACAUGGCCAAGUACCCUAUCAAGCAGUCACUUAAAAACAUCUCUGAAAUAAUCUCAAAGCAAGUCACCCAGAUUGACAACGACUUGAAGACCCGAGCAUCGUCUUAUAACAACCUGAAAGGAAACCUACAGAACCUUGAAAGGAAAAAUGUAGGGAGCCUGCUGACGAGGAGCCUGGCUGACAUUGUCAAGAAGGAAGACUUUGUUCUUGACUCUGAGUACCUUAUCACCUUGCUGGCUGUUGUUCCAAAAACAUCUUAUGCUGACUGGCAGAAAACAUAUGAAACACUUGCUGAGAUGGUGGUGCCUCGAUCCUCAAAUCUUUUGUUUGAGGACAGUGACAGUGGAUUGUUCAGCGUGACUCUGUUUCGGAAAGCUAUUGAUGACUUCAAACACAAAGCCAGAGAGAACAAGUUCUCGGUGAGAGACUUUCAGUACAAUGAAGAGGAGAUGAAGGCAGAUAAAGAGGAGAUGACGCGACUAUCUACAGAUAAAAAGAAGCAAUUUGGACCACUCGUUCGAUGGCUGAAAGUAAACUUCAGUGAAGCCUUUAUCGCUUGGAUCCACAUCAAAGCACUGAGGGUCUUUGUAGAAUCUGUUCUAAGAUAUGGGCUCCCAGUGAACUUCCAGGCCAUGUUGCUUCAGCCAAACAAGAAAACUACAAAAAAGCUGAGGGAGGUGCUUAAUGACCUAUACAAACACCUGGACAGCAGCGCAGCAGCAAUCAUUGAUUCGGCAAUGGAUAUUCCAGGUUUGAAUCUGAGCCAGCAAGAAUAUUAUCCUUACGUCUAUUACAAGAUUGACUGCAACCUUCUGGAGUUCAAAGUGUAAGAUUUGCCCUACUCUGUCUUCAUGGUGAUGAUUAACUGUUUUUUCUUUUUUCAUGGAACAAACCUUCCCACUUGCUUGCGUCAUACCUCACUGCAACACUUGAAUGUCAAUGGUGCAUGCUCAUUCCUUGUGGGUCAAAUACACACACACAAGCUUCUUUCACUUUUACAAAGACUUUUAAAGACUUGUUUGCAUUUGUUUUGAAGUUACACCUUGUGAAAAUCAUGGUGGACAGUCAUAUAGUUGCAUUUCUUUUCCACUUGUACUCGUCAAUAUUGAUAUCUGCGUCUUCUGUACUAAUGCUUAGUGAAUUGUGUUUACAUAAAUUGUGUGUGUGAUUGUGUGUAAAAAAAAAACAAAAAAAAAACACAUUGUCAUGUAUAUAAAGCUAUCAAAAGAGAA